AUGCCAGUACAGUUGCAGGGAGCCAGAGUGGCAGGAUUAAUUGAUCAACAAACUGGUAGUUGGGAUCCCUCAAUUUUAACAGAUUUAUUUCAGCCUAGUGAAGUGGCGAAUAUUAUGAAGAUACCCAUCUCCCCGGAUUAUGAUGAUACCUGGUACUGGCAUGGAGACCCAAGAGGUGUGUAUUAUGUUAAAAGUGGAUACAGGCUAAUAGUCGGGAACUAUCAAGAAAAUAAUGGGACAUUUACAAAAUGGCUACCCUUAUGGAAGCUCAAAAUCCCACCAAAAUGGAGAAUAUUUCUUUGGAGAGCUAUUUGUGAUAUAUUGCCUACCAUUACAAAUUUGCUUAUAAAGAGGGUGGAUGUGGAACCGCGAUGUGCCAUGUGUGGAAUAUUUCAGGAAGACACAAUGCAUGCCUUAGUGUUGUGUGAACUUGCAAAAAACAUUUGGGACAAAUCCAACCUUACAAUCCCCAAUAUAGUCACAAAUGUUUUUCAUGUUUGGUUUGGUGAACUUCUAAAUGUUCUAGACUCUGAUCGGAUGUUAUGUGCAGCAGCAAUUCUUUACAAUAUUUGGAGAGCAAGGAACAGGGCGGUUUGGGAGGUGACAUUACCGCGCCCGGAGACUGUGCUCAAAGCCGCCGCUGCCGCCAAGCUAGCGUGGACACGGGCACACCCACUGCUCACGGCCCGAGCUGCUCCGCUGCCAACCGAGCCGGCUUUGCUGCAGGAGGAGGCCGAGCUGCAUGGCACCGAGACGCACGCUACCGAACCGCCACAUGGACCACCGAGGAGAGUUUGUCGAGUGGAUGGGGGUUUUAUGCAAGAAACAGGCCAAGCUGCGGUUGGGGCAGUCUUACUCGACACGGAUGGGGGUUAUGUCUCGGCGUACACCGCACCACUCCGGAAUUGCUCCUCACCACUUAUGGCUGAGGCGCUGGCAUGUAAAGAAGCUCUAUUGAUGUGGAUCUUUGAGGGUGAACUCGAGAGUCGAUUCACCAAAGAGGGCUGGAUUUGA